GCUGACUUGGGGCCUCUCACAAGAAGGACUCAUCUGUUUAGUUUGUGACUUUGAGGAGAACCCAGAUGUAGAUAAAAGUAACCAACAGCAGGUUAUGGUGAAGAAACUCAAUAGUCAGCCACCUCUCCUUGACGCUUCCGUAUUUCUGCCUGUAUGUCAUCAGGGCAAACUACCUUUCCAUUUUUCAUCAACUUCUGGGAUUUUUUAGUAACUACACAUCUUAUGUACCUGUCCUGAAUACCAAUUUUCUUUUUGUCUUUUUUUUAAUCACCAAAGUCCAUUAAAAUCUGUCCCAAUCAUUGCUCUUUCUCGCUGCCUGCAAUGCUCUGAACUCAUGUCUCCUACUACAAUUUACCUUUGGGGUGUGACUACUUAAAACAUUUAACAGAACACACUCGAUUAUAAGCUAUAACCUGUUCACUCAAUCGGACACUCCUUACACCUCCAGGACAUUCUAAACUCUUAGGUUAAUGUCACAGGUGGUGGUUGUUAUUCAGCUAGGCCAUGGCGAUCCUGUUUGAAAUUCUUUAAAUUAUUCAGCCUAAUACUUUUGUUUUAUCCUGGAUGUCCUUCCUCCUGCAUUUAUCGAGUCUUGGAACUGGCUUUCGUUUCGCACUUCUUUGUAACCCCAAAAGGCUGCAUUACCGUAGGUUACGUUCUCGGAACUACACUAAACAUACAUCAAACAUGAUAUAUAAUUCUCCAAUAAGUUUCAAAUUUUAAAAUGGGGCGAUUUUAAAGUUUAUUGAUGCACAGAAUUAUAGAUGCAAUGCCCUCAUUUGGUAGACUGUCAACCGUGUGCUUGGUGUAAAAAUGGACUUCCUUUCGGUGCCGGGGCAAGUUUGGCGUGUUUGGGACCAUAGAGCUGCCUCUCCCUGGACCCACCCUCGGUCACAGAAAGUAGACUGCAUUCUGGGCGUCUCCAUUUUCAUUCCAGGGCAAGUCUAGUUUACUGUGUUUGUGAAUUUGGUAGAGGCGCUUUGCCUUGCUCGGUGUUCCGGGUGAUGAAACUACCGUCCCCGCCACCCAAUAUGGCGACAAAAGAUAGACUACAUUUUAGACAGCUUAAAAGCAAGUCUAAAUGGCAGUGCGGAUUUUGGUGGAUUUUUUCGAGCCUCAGGUAAAAAGAUCGGCAUUCCGCAGACGUGUGUGGUGAAUGUCAACUAUUCCAUUCAUGAAUGUGAAAACAAUAUUCGGACAGUCCUCAGAAUCACUGUAAAAAUCAUAUUAAUUGAACAAAUUAUAAUCAUCAUAUUUUUAGCAUGGCUCUCUCUCUGACUGCCAGCUUAACUUGUGUGGGGGGGUGGGGGGGGGGGAGAGAAAAGCACACAGGGACACACGGUCGUGUGUUUAAGGCGGUCCUUGGGAGAUCUUGCUGUUUACCUGCCUUUGUCAUGCACAGACCGCCGCAGCAGGUCAAUUUCUGUUCACUCGAUGUCAAGUAUAGCGUGCCCUCCAAAUAUGAUUUAAAAUGAAUGCAAACGAGAGAUGUUGCCACAAAAAGGUUACGUUGCAUCCCACAAUGGCGCAAAUGCCUUGUUCCGCCCAAUUCUACCUGUACAAAGUCUAGCACAGUGAUGACCAACUCCGGUCCUUGAGGGCCCCUAUCCUCCAUGUUUUAGAUGUUUCUGUCCUCCGAUACAUGGUUGAAAUUAUCAGGAUCGCUAUGGGGCUUUGACAGUGCUUGUUGAUGAGCUGAUCAUUUGAAUGAGGUCUUUUGGAAGAGGGACACAUCGAAAACAUGCUGGUCUCGCAAAAUACCAAAAGAAAACUCCAUCCAUGCACAAAGUUAGACGGCACUUUGCGGCAGACUUGCACUUGCCAUGAAAACAAGGCCCACAGAUGAGAGAUUGCUUGUGCUCCCACAUGAUAAUUUCUCUGCUAGAACAACUGGUUCAGAGUGUACCCCGCCUGCUGCCCUGAGACAGCUGGGAUAGGCUCCAGCACACCCACGACCCUCAUAAGGAUAGAGCGGUUCAGUUAAUGGAUGGAUGAGUCAAAAGUGGUGCUCCCCCAAGCUUCAAUGCACAAAGGAGUACUAAUUAAAUCACUUUUAAUAUAAUAGUAUGAUAAUAGUAUACCAGGCAACUGACGAGUGUUUCUUAUCAAAAUGCACGGCAGACUUUCAUGCAAAGAAUGAAACAUUCAACAAUGGACUGAGAUGGAGUGGAGACCACUGAGAUUAAUUGAGUUCAUAUGCCUCUCUUUUUGCAGUUUUAUGUAUCCAUCCAUUUUUCUGUACUGCUUAUUCUGUUCAGGGUCAGGGGGAGGAGGACCUUAUUAGAGCUGAAAUUGGGUGGUCGUUGAUGUUGCACAUUUGGUGGAAAUAUUGCACUGGUUACCACGUUAGCCUCACAGUAAAGUGUAACGCAAGCUGAGCUGUGAUUGGUCUUUACCUGAGUCUUGGGCGCAUGAUGUUUGUGUCAGUGGACAGCAAGUAGCAAAAUGUGUUUUUAAAGGUGUUAAUUAAAAAAAAAAGUUAACAUGUUAUCAAUCCCUUUAAAUCUUUCUUGUUUGGUUCAUUGAUUUAUUUUUGCUGCCGCAGUGUUGAACAGUGUGGAAUUGAGUGAAGCAUAAUUCAAAGCUUUGAUAACAAAUGUUUCAAUUAUAAAGUAAAAAAGUAAAAAAAAAAAAUAUAUAUAUAUAUAUAUAUAUAUAUAUAUACACAUACAUAUACUAAGCUUUUUAUUUUGAUUACAUAUCAUCAUAUCAGCUCCCUGAGUUGAUAUGCCUCACCAGUCAUGAAGAACCGGGUGGCAAGACUGUGUAAUUGUCCCUGGUAUUUAGAUCCAGUGGAUAGUGUUUUAUCUGUUUAUUACUAGGGCACCUUUGGCCCCGGCGCUAGAGAUUGAGAGAGAGAGAGAGAGAGAGAGAGAGAGAGAGAGAGAGAGAGAGAGAGAGAGAGAGAGAGAGAGAGAGCGCGAGCGCGCGGGGGGGGGGGGCGCUCUGGCGCUCUGCCAUCAGCUUCAUUCAUUACGGUACCUGCCGUCAAUCUCCGCCAUCCUCCAGUGGAGAAGACCCCAACACAGCAUCCACUAAGACGGUCAACAUCUGCUUAGACUCACGGCAGACGCCAGGAAGAAAAAGCAGGGAAGAAAUCCAUCAACAAUCAAUUAUCAUGUCAGGGGCCACUGGGGACUUAACAUGUGAGGAGUGUUUUUCGGUACAGGGGGCCAACAGCACGGAGUUGCACACGCACUCCACCGUGGACGACGAUGAACUUCUGCGCUACAUCUGGACGGAAUAUUUGCAUCCCAAGCAUUACGAGUGGGUUCUCAUUGUGGCUUACAUCUUUGUGUUCUUCGUUUCACUCAUUGGCAACUCGCUCGUUUGUUUUGCAGUAUGGAAAAACCGGCACAUGCGCACCGUGACCAACUAUUUCAUCGUAAACCUUUCGUUCGCUGAUGUCUUGGUGACCAUCAUUUGCCUGCCUGCAAGUUUAGUAGUCGACAUCACGGAGACAUGGUUCUUUGGACAGACGCUUUGCAAAGUUGUGCCCUAUUUACAGACUAUCUCCGUCUCAGUGUCAGUCCUGACACUGAGCUGCAUUGCGCAAGACCGCUGGUAUGCCAUCUGCCACCCGCUGAUGUUCAAAAGCACUGCCAAGAGGGCUUGCAAGAGCAUUAUUAUCAUCUGGGUGGUGUCGUGCAUCAUCAUGAUCCCCCAAGCCAUCGUGAUGGAGACCAGCAGUCUGCUGCCGUCCCUCACAAACAAGACCAGUUUGUUCACCGUGUGUGAUGAACACUGGGAAGCUGAGAUCUACCCAAGGGUCUAUCACAGCUGUUUCUUCAUUGUCACAUACUUUGCCCCCUUAUGUCUCAUGGUGUUGGCCUACAUCCAGAUCUUUCACAAGCUGUGGUGUCAACAGAUUCCUGGCAGCACAUCAGUAUUGCAGAGAAAGUGGAAGACUAUGCAGUGCUCCGCGGCCCCUGCGGGGCCGGGGGAGUCUGUGCGGGUCAAAACCAGCACCGUUUGUGCUGAGAUCAAACAGAUCCGGGCACGGCGCAAGACGGCUCGUAUGCUGAUAGUGGUACUCUUUGUGUUUGCUCUGUGCUACUUGCCAAUCAGCGUACUCAAUGUGAUGAAAAGAGUCUUUGGGACAUUCAAGAAGACGAGUGACCGAGAGACAGUGUAUGCUUGGUUUACCUUCUCACACUGGCUCAUAUAUGCCAACAGUGCACUCAAUCCCAUCAUCUACAAUUUCCUCAGUGGGAAGUUCCGUGAAGAAUUCAAAGCAGCCUUUUCUUGCCAUUGUCACCUUCCAGGCCAAGAGAGACCGAAGAGAAUACGCACUCGAAUGAGCACAGACAGUCGAAAGUCACUGUCCACUCAUGUUCACAACAUGGACAAUGUGUCACACAUAUCAGAUCAAAUGGUGUAAGAUCAUCGGCAGAUUGCGGACUCUCUUUUCAUGCCCAAAGUCUAUGUAUCUGCAAAGGCGUGAGCUAGACUAAAUUUUGGUAUUUUCGCAGACCCGUACAACAUGGCCCAUUUUAAAAAGGCGUUUUGCCUUUGUGGGCGGGAACACAGGUGACUUGUUUUGCUGCCAUUUGAAAUGGGGGGGGGGGGGGGGUCUCAUUACCUGUAAAUAUUGAUGUAUGAAUGUUUUUUUUUCCUUUUACUUCCGGUCCAACUUUGUAUGCAGCUAUGGUUGUUUUUAAAGUUGAGUUGAGUAAAUGCCGCAAAGGCACACUGAUAGUCCUUGACACGGCAAAAGAAAACACCCGGAUCCUGUCGCAGGCUGAGGUGCUCAUAGAACAUAUAUAUAAGAAACUACAAGCCGGCCUCAAUGGGUGGACGAUAUUCAUUUGGCUGUUGGAAGACCACAAAGCUGUGAAGUGGGCAGUUGGAUAACCAACCGCAUGUUUCGAACUGCAUCAAGCUGCGUGCAUCUGCGAAAAUACCAACACUUGGUGUAGAUGGCCCUUUGCAUAGUUAGACCGCCUUUCGCACCAGAUUUGCGCUUGGCACAAAUAUAGAGCCCUGACAUUAUACUACACUAUCGGUCACUUUACAGAUUAUAUAUGGUUAACGGCUACUCUAUCUGUUAGGAAUGUAGGACAAAAUGAGUGCCGAUACGACCUGUUACGCAUCUACCUCGAUGAAAGCAAUUUAAAUUGGAUUUAAUUUGGUUUGUAUUUCAAAGUAAAAAGGAGAAUUCUUUGUCAUCUAAAGUAAUAAUCCCUGAACCAAAUCGCUGAGUAGAGUCCCACUAUGGCUGGGUUUGUGUUGCCUCAAACAUCUUUGAUGAGAUGCAAUUUAAAAUUCAUUCAUUUUCCGAUCCGCUUAUCCUCACAAGAGUCGCGGGGCGAUUUCAAAAUAUAAAUUUGAAAUUUGAAUUGAUGGGGACCAAUGAGCUUUAAAAUGUUUGGGAUCUUGCUUGCAGGAUUUUUGGCUCGUAGACAUGCUGAGAGCUCAUCCUCUGAAUAAACUUUUGUGUCCAAGCUUCUUCUUUGUUCAUGUCAAUGUUUCACCUUUUUUUUUUUUUUGGAUAUGCUUCCACAGGGUGUUUACUGUCAUCUCUGUACACUUGACAUCACCAAGGUUACUUGCUGACUUUGUUGCUAAUCUGUUAUCUGUUAAUUUGUUAAAAAAAAUGAUUUGUACUGCUUUGUACUUUUUGUAAACUAAAUUCUGCUGUUGUCUUACUUAGUGAACACCUGUCUUGCUUGCAAUUAAGAGUUGCCAAGUAUCUGUAUGAUGCUUUAAAAAUAGUGUUUUAUCUCUGAAAUAUAAAGGAGCAUUCGAACCACAUGCAAAUAAAUAAAUAUAAAAAAUAAGAGAGAUAGAAUAGGAUCGUAUUGUUACAGGGGAAAAAACGUUUUACUUUUACAACUAAAACAUAUAUGAGAAAGAAAUGGAAUACUAGGCUAAAAAAAGUGUACUUUUGUGAGAAUAAGUCAUAUUAUUAGAAGAAAUAAUUGCAGUUUUACAAGAAUCAAAUUCAAAUCUUAUGAGGAAAAAAAGACUAAUUUAUGGGAAUAAAAUCCAUGUAUCAUGAGGAAACAUUUUCAAUACAACCAGAUUAAGGGAGUAAUAAACUGUCAUUUGAGAGAGAAAAUUAUUUUGAGUUUAUUAAUGAUAGGAAUAAUGAUAGGAAUAAAAUCAGAAUUUUUGGAGAAAUAGGACACACACACGCGCAGGCACACGCGCACACACACACACACACAUACGCGCACACACACACACACACACAUCACAUUUAAUUAAAAGCACACUUAGCCAAGUAUGCUAUUUAAUCCAACGGGGCCUUCUCCCACUUUCUAGUUCAGCAGUGGAUUCCUGUCAUUCAAACUGUGAGGCAAAGAAAAAGGUGUGGGUCCAAAUCAUGACACAACAAAAUCUUGCUCUUGGGAAAUAGUAAAAAUAUGUUGGAUUUUUUUGAAGGGGGCGGGGGGUUAUGGAAGAUUUGUUUUAUCGUGAUGUGCUCAAGAAGAACCUCUUGCUCCUGAAAGAAAAUGUUCUUCAGCAAACUUCAAACAUAAAACACAGUCGAUGUUGGCAAAUUUCCACAGUCAAACACUUUCCUUGAGAUCAGAUAUUGAUCAGAUAUACAAAACAGAAUAGUGAUUUCAUAUCAACCUAAUGUCCAUUCAUUGUGUUUUAUUUAUAUAUGCUUAUGUACAUGGUAUGUUGUUGCAUCAAAAUGUAUUCGGUGAUUAUGUAAUUAAUUAAUUUAUUUUUACUUGAAAUGUGGUUGAAUAAAUGCAUCCCUUUGAUCUUAA